AUGCCUACUGCUACUAAAGGUGUAUUGGUGAAGUGUGACCCAUCUAUCCGGGCCUUGAUCUUACAGAUUGAUUCGACAAGCCGAGGAAUCGUUAUUCAGGAGCUCGAUAAUACCCAUUUGAUGAUCAAACAAGAUAUGGUACAGUUUGUCAAAGAUGAGCUCAACCGGCUUUUGUCGAAGAACAUCUACGAUCCUAUGGACGGUGUUAAGGCUUAG